AUGAGGAGGAGGGGGGAUCAGAUGGAGGGGGACAGCACCACACUGAUCGACAUGGAAACCAAGCAGGAGAGCUACAGCAGUAUCACCAUGAGAGCACCUGUUCAGCCUCCAGACCGGAAUGUGUUCAGCGAUGGAUCGACUCGAGUCGAUUUCGUCUUGGUGUGGGAGGAGCCUCGAGGCUCACAGAAUGAGGAGAGUGCAGGUGUUAUUCCCGCCCACCUGAAGUGGAGGGAGGAGUUUCUGAGCAAACUGAAACUCUGUGGGCUGCUGCAGGAACAGAAAACAGUCCUUCAGACGAAGAGGAGGAUUCGUUUCGUCCUCCUCAGCGCUCCAUGGAGCGUCCUCUGUUAUUACGCCGAGGAGAUCAGUCUGAGAGUCCCUCUGCAGGUGGUCAACUCUCCAAAUAUUUCCUGGUCUGAGCAGCUUCUGUCCUGGUUGUCCCUCCCCAACAUUCUGUCCCAGGAUGUCCCCAACCCCCCACUGUGCUACUACACCUGUCAGUUCAGGACCAACAAGCUGCAGAGGUUUCUGGGAAGCGACGACCAAGAGACAUUUUUCAAGACGACUCAGAGACACCAGGUGCUCUAUGAGAUUCUGGCCCGGACUCCGUACGGUUCUGUGAACAAGGGGCAGGUGGGAAUCGACCGUCUGCUGAGCGAGAAGGUCUUCACGGCUGCGUAUCCGCUGCACGAGGGUGGUUUUCAGCUGCCGACCCCCCCGGUGCCUCCCCAGUCUUACAGCCUCAGACAGAUUCUGUACUCGCACUGGGCCCGGUGGUCCUGCUGGAGGAGCUACCAGCCUCUGGACCACAUCAGGGAGUACUUCGGAGAGAAGAUCGCACUCUACUUUGCCUGGCUCGGUUUCUACACUGCUUGGCUGUUACCGGCAUCUCUUCUGGGGACCCUGAUCUUCAUGGUUGGGAUUUGGCUCAUGGUCACUGAUGUUCCAGCGAAGGAGGUGUGUGACAGUGGAGACGGCUUCGUCAUGUGUCCGACUUGUGACAUCUGCUCCUUCUGGAACUACUCCAGCAUCUGUGUCACCUACAAGGCAGGUAUCCUGUUUGAUAACGGAGGGACGGUGUUUCUCAGUGUCUUCAUGUCUCUGUGGUCCGUCACGUUCCUGGAGUACUGGAAAAGAAACUGUUCGGUUCUGUCUCAUCGCUGGAACUGCUCCGACUUCGAGGAAAUCGAGGAGCGACCUCGUCCAGAGUUCGCCGCCAUGGCACCGAUGACCACGAGGAACCCGGUGACGGGCGCAGAGGAACCUUAUUUUCCUGAAAACAAACGUUUCAACAGAACAUUGAGCGGCUGCUUAGUCAUCAUUGUCAUGAUUGUUGUGGUGUUGAUGUGUCUCAUCGCCAUCAUUUUGUAUCGCACCAUCCUCGGCAUCGUCAUCUACAAGUCCAGCAACAGCUUCCUCAGCCUCUCUGCUAAGAGAAUAGCCAGCAUAUCAUCGUCAGUGUUGAACCUGUUGGUCAUCCUCAUGUUGUCCAGGGUUUACGUGGCUCUUGCCCACAUCCUCACCCGUUGGGAAAUGCAUCGCACUCAGAAUAAAUACGAAGACAUGUUCAUCCUCAAGGUUUUCAUCUUCCAGUUUGUCAACUUCUACUCGUCUCCGGUUUACAUCGCCUUCUUCAAAGGCAGGUUUGUUGGUCACCCUGGAAACUACAACACUUUGUUUGGAGUUCGCAACGAAGAUUGCGGAGCAGGAGGGUGUCUGGUUGAACUGGCUCAAGAGUUGCUGGUCAUCAUGGUGGGAAAACAGCUGAUCAAUAACAUCCAGGAGUUCAUCAUCCCGAAGUUGAAGUCCUGGUGGCAGAAGAGGAGGAUGAGUCCAGUGCAGACGAAGGUGAAGGAGGAUGGAGGAGAGGAGGCUCAGGGGGAACAGCACCAGCAGGGGGAGCUCUCUCCCUGGGAGGCCGACUACCGGCUCUUGGUGUGUGAUGGUCUCCUCAGCGAGUACCUGGAGAUGGUGAUUCAGUUUGGUUUCAUUACCAUCUUUGUGGCGGCAUGUCCUCUCGCUCCUCUCUUCGCUCUUGUUAAUAACUGGGUGGAGAUUAGAUUGGAUGCUCAGAAGUUUGUGACUGAAUAUCGCCGCCCAGUGGUAGAGCGAGCUCAGGACAUCGGCAUCUGGUUACCCAUCAUGGAGUUCAUCACACACACAGCUGUCCUCAGCAACGCGUUCCUCAUAGCGUUCACCUCGUCCUUCCUGCCUCGUCUUUACUAUCGCUACACCAGAGACAGCACUCUGAGCGGCUUCAUCAACUUCACACUGGCGACAUCAGACAACUACACCCAGCAAGAACAGAACAGAUCCUGCAGGUAUCAGGGUUUCAGGGAUGCAAAUGGUCAAUACCUGCCACAUUUCUUUCACCUCCUCUCGAUACAACUGGCUUUCGUUAUCAUCUUUGAGCAUGUAGUCUUCUUCAUUGGUCGUCUGAUCGACAUGAUGGUCCCUGACAUCCCUGAGGAGGUGGAGAUGAAGAUUAAGAGGGAGUACUACAUGGCUAAAGGGGCACUGGCUGAGAACCGGACUGUGAGGGACCCGCUGUUACCUGGUGAACAAGACCCUCUGCCCCACAACCUGAGACAGCGUGGAUCUAGACCCUCACAACCAAUACAGAACGAGUUGAGGCCACCAAACUUGAAGAUCCCAGAGGAAACUGACUUAUGAAGCAGCUGCUAAUGUGAAGCAGUGGACCCUCCCCAUUACUUCACUGUCCACUUUGAAAUAACUUCUCCUUCUGAUCGAACUUCCUGACAAAACCUCUGUGAAACUUCCACAAGUUCCACAAGAUCCGUGCUCAAUCCUCGAAGGUCCUUCAAGAACUUUGCAGGACCUACAAGCUAGAGAAGAUGUUGAGCUACAAGACCAUUGUUGGAUCUACAACAACAAAAACACCUCUGCUAGAGUUAUCAGACCUCUGCUCGACUUGAAUAAAACCAACAAGAUUUCUAAUUGUCUAAAAGAGCCACAUGUGUUGUAAUGAACCUCUACAUAUCCUACGAGAGAAAGGUCCAAUAGGACUUAAAUGUACUUGACAGCUGCACUAGAGUUGCAAGAUCUCGGCUAAACUUGAAGGAGAUCUCCAUAUCACAUCUGCUUGAUAUCUACAAGAACUACAAGAGGAUCAGUCCAUGUCCUUCAAGAACUCCCUAAGAGGCUGACAAGACCCAUGAGAUAUUUCCAAGUUCUCUGCAAGACCUUCAACACAUUUGUUAGUGAGUCACACAAUCUAAGAGUCUUCUGUCUGCACAAGUUCUACAGGAUCUCUUAUAGAUUACUACAAGAACUACAGGAGUGGUGUUCUGUUAUCAUCCCAACACCUAGACCUUUACGAGAAUUAAAAGACUUCUAGUAGGCAUAGAUGUACAACAGCACAGCAAGAGAUCUAUAGACCAACAAGAUAUAAGAAAGAUCUUACAAGAGCAACAGAUGUGUUCAAGAAUGGCAAAUUGCUCUAGAGCAUCAGUAGCCCUGGACAACAGCCCUACGAGAUCUACAUGAACUUUGCCAGACCUCUGAGGUCUCCAGUAUCACUUAUCCUACAAGAGCUCUGCAGGAAUUCUUUUACAUCAUUUCAAGGUCCUCCAGCAAAAACUCUGGCCCCUCAGAGAAUAUCCCCCUGAUAUAUGGCUGACAAGUGCAUUUAAAACCUUCCCUUUCCUUUUGAAAACUUGGGUUCCUCUUGUUUUAUUGUUCCGGAUCUCACUUCUUUGUUGUGUCAGACAAUGAUUCUGUGUCAUGGCUACAAAAGUGAAUCUUUUUAUCAAUAAAGCAUUGUUUUGCUCUUUUGUUACCCAGAACAUAUUAUUAGAGAACGUUGACUGUAGUGUGUGACGUAGUUAUUGAGGAUAUCUGUAGCUAUUGAUUCUUAUUAUCUAUUGUGUCGACUUGAUGAUCCUGCUGAUAUGAAAGACUUGGAUCACAUCAUACGCCACGUUCCUCUCUGUGGAAAAUUUAACCAAACUGUAGUCCGGCUAUAACUUAUCUAUAAAAUCUUCUACUGCUAUCUCCUCUGACUGUUUUUUAUGUCUUGCCUAGUUCCAAUGCUGUUUUACUAUAACUUUAUAUUCGACAGUAUUCUGCCAUUGUUAUUUAGUGUUUUCUUUCUUUUUGAAAUGCCUUUGUCUUUUCUCAGCAAGUACUGAAUAAAAUGUGUCAUGUUAUUCAUAAUUUAUCAUCUGAACCACUUUUUAUACUUUUUUUAUUCUACACCAACAACACUGUCGCUUAAAAUGUUGCCAAAAGAUGAAUUUAGACUAAACCUUAGAGAACUCAAUGUUGUGCUUUUAGAUGAUUUAUGCAAAACAUAUUGUAACAGAAAAUAUAUUUUACCGCAAACGUCCAUGAAGGUGCAACAUGAGCCAGAGCAGCUGGAGAUAAUGGACCAAUGGAUUACAUUUCACUAAAUGCUAUGUAUUCAAACGUAUGGGAUUAAA